AUGCACGAAAGGUGGAUUGACAAUAAGAUUGAAGAAGGAAAAAUUAUUGAAUACAAAUAUGAAGAAUUUAAAAAAUUUAAAAAGAUUGGUAUUGGAGCUCAUAGUACGGUUUUGAGGGUAGUAGUUAAUAGAGAAAAUAUUGAGACAAUGUAUGCAUUAAAAAUUAUUGAAAGUAAUGCAAAUAUUAGUGAAGACAUUGUGAAAGAAUAUGCAGAUAAUGGCACUUUAAGUGAUUAUUUAUCAAAGAAUGCGACUAAAAUUGAAUGGGAUUUAAAAAUUUAUUUUGCAAUCCAACUUGUAGACGCUGUUAAAUGGUUACAUGGUUCUAAUGUUAUUCACGGAGAUCUGCACUCUAAUAAUAUACUUAUUCAUCAAGAAACUUUAAAAUUAGCUGAUUUCGGAUUAUCACAGCGUAUCAAUGUAUCAACAAAGUCUAAAACUACUAGUAGAAUUUUUGGAUUAGCACCAUACAUUGCUCCUGAAUGCUUUGUGUUAAAUAAAGAACAAGAUGGAAAGUCUCGUAGAUCUAAUAUAACUAAGAAAUCAGACGUUUAUAGUGUUGGUGUUCUCUUAUGGGAAAUAUCAAGUGAAAGACCACCAUUUGAACAUUAUGAUCCAGCGACCCUACCAGUUCUGAUAAUUGAUGGUCUAAGAGAGAAACCAGUUGAUGGUAUUCAUAAUAUAUAUAUCUCCAUUUUCGAAAAAUGUUGGCAAAAUAAGCAAGAUGAUCGACCAUCUAUUAAUGAAGUGUCACUAUUAUUAAACGAUAUCCUCAACCCUUUUUAUAAAGAUAUUCCAUAUAGCAAGCCUGAAGACUUUGAUAUAUCAGAUUUUAAAAAACGCUGCCAAGAAUGUGUUGACACCAUCUUCAACGAACCUUCAAAUAUUUCAAUAACUCCAGAACUUCAUAUCAAUGAACAAGAUCCAAAGAUUAUCUUUAUAAAUGAUCUUUAUUUAAAUUUUUGUAAAUCAUUUAACAAAGGCAUAUCCGUUCCAAACAUAAUUAAUAAUUACAUAUCUGAAAAAGGAAAAUCAGAUAGUGAUGUAUUAAAUUGGUUAUAUCUUAAAAAUGAGCCAAAUUAUGUUUGCCUUCGAGGAAUAUUUUAUAUGUGGGACAUUGGCAUUAAACAAAGUAAUGUAAAUGUAUUUGAUUUAUUCCUUGAUGCGGCAAAUAGAAGAGAUAUUGUUGCUCAAUAUUUUGUUGGAAGGUGUCAUGAAGUUGGACGUAACACUAAAAAGGAUAUGAAGAAAGCAAUUGAAUGGUACAAUAAAGCAAUUGAAAAAGACUGUGCAGCUGCAGAACGAAUACUUGGUGAUUACUAUUAUAAAUGCCAGAGAUAUACUAAAGCAUUUAAAUUGCUCAAGAACGCGACUGAUAAAGGUAAUAUAAUGGCUAUGCAUAACUUGGGUUUAUGUUAUCAAAAAGGCCGUGGAACAGAUCUCGAUAAAGAUCAAGGGUUUAAAUUACUUAAACAAGCUGCUGAGAAGGGAGUGCCUAAUUCCCCGUAUGAACUUGCCAAAUGUUAUGAAUAUGGUGAAGGAACAGUAGAAGACUUGAAACAGGCGUCGUAUUGGUACAAGAAAGCCAUAGAAAAUAAUUAUAAUUGCCAUGAUGCUCAGGAACGUGUCAUGGCUAAGAUCAUGAAAAAGCAAUCCAAGUCAAAUGUUGAGUGA